CAUGUGAGGAAGCCAUCCCACGUUAAGUCCAAAGCUAAACGUUCAAAACGUAAACGUAAAUGGCCCAAACGUCAACCCAAAUGUCAUAAAUAUAAACCCAAAUGUCAUAAACCUAAACUUAAACGUCAUAAACGUAAACGGCUCAAACAUCAACCCAAAUGUCAUAAACAUAAACCUAAACGUCCUAAACAUAAACGGCCCAAACGUCAACCUAACCGUCAUAAACCUAAACGUCAUAAACGUAAACGGCCCAAACGUCAACCCAAACGUCAUAAACCUAAACCUAAACGUCAUAAACGUAAACGGCCCAAACGUCAACCCAAACGUCAUAAACCUAAACCUAAACGUCAUAAACGUAAAUGGCUCAAACGUCAACCCAAACGUCAUAAACCUAAACUUAAACAUCAUAAACCUAAACGGCCCAAACCUAAACCUAAACGUUGCGAACGUAAAAGGUCCAAACGUCAACUUAAAUGUCGCAAACCUAAAUCUAAAGGACCCAAACCUAAACCUGAACGUCCCAAACCUAAACCUAAAUGUCUCAAAUGUAAACGUCCCAAACCUAAACGCAAACAGCCUAAACAUAAACGGCCCAAACAUCAAUCUAAACGUCGCAAAUCUAAACCUAAACCUCCUAAACCUAAAUGUCCCGAACCUAAACGUAAAUGGCCCGUACCUAAACCUAAACAUCCCGAACCUAAGCCUAAGUGGCCCAAAACUAAACCUAAAUGUCCUAAACCUAAACGUCCCAAACUUAAACGUCCCAAACCUAAACGUCCCAAACCUAAAUGUCCCGGACCUAAACGUCCUAAACCUAAACGUCCUAAACCUAAACGUCCCAAACCUAAACAUCCUAAACGUAAAUGUCCCGAACCUAAACUCAAAUGUCCCAAACCUAAACGUCCCAAACCUAAACAUAAAUGGCCUGAAUCUAAACCUAAACAUCCCGAACCUAAACCUAAAUAUCCCGAACCUAAACGUCCCAAACCUAAACGUCCCAAACCUAAACAUCCCGAACCUAAACCCAAAUGUCCCGAACCUACACAUCCCAAACCUAAACGUCCCAAACCUAAACAUCCCGAACCUAAACCCAAAUGUCCCGAACCUACACAUCCCAAACCUAAACGUCCCAAACCUAAACAUCCCGAACCUAAACCCAAAUGUCCCGAACCUACACAUCCCAAACCUAAACAUCCCAAACCUAAACAUCCUAAACAUAAACGUCCCAAACCUAAACCCAAAUGUCCCGAAUCUAAACGUCCCGAAUCUAAACGUCCCAAACCUAAAUGUCCUAAACCCAAACCCAAAUAUCCCGAACCUAAACAUGCCAAACAUUGACACCAAUGACCAGCCAUUACUAGAAGGAACGGAGAGUUUCCUCUAUGCUGACGAUUGUGCCAUCACGGCCCAAGCAGAGAGUUUUAUCACAGGAUUCCUACACCCAACACUGUUUUGCUUCUGACAUGAUAAAUAAAACCAUCUACCAUCUGUCUAUGUGAGUUGACACAAAAGACCUGGCGUGAGGGCCGAAGUUUGCCCAGGCUUCGGACAACGGGAUCCACUCUUUCCCUUGAGAACGCGAGAGCCGGGGUCUCUUCUUUCUUCUUUCUCCCACUCUCUUUUAGCCAAGUCUUCAGUUAAUUUGUGCUCAUGUUCCAUUUAACAAGACAGCCUAAAUAUUUAAAAUAGAUUUGCGAGCACGGGGGCCGCCAGAUCUGAGCGAAAGUGUCCUUUGCGAGCUCGCCCGGCCUCUCGGGUUACGGGGAAAAGAGCCGCAGAUGGAAAUUAUUACGGCUCCUUGAGGAGAGCCCUGCCAAGGAAGAGAAGAGGAGGAGGAGACGAGGGCGCUUUCGGUGUGACAACAGCAACAACAACAAGGGCAACAAGCCACGGCGGCGGAUCAGAUCCCGAUAAUUUAAUUCCGCCCGUAAUAGCAAACAGGUGAGUUUGGCCGGAGCGUCGCAUCUCCAUUGGCGAGUGACAGCGUUGUUGUCGGAAGACAGGAAAUCGCCUGUCUCUGGUCAAUUGUUUUGGGAAAUGGCCAGAGGGAUUUGCCCUGGAAAUAGGCCCAAAUCAAACCCGAAUAUCUCGCAGAUUUGGGAUAUUUGGCAGGCAAUCGCCUACCUCUGUGUACACCUGAACAAUAGGUUUGGUCAAUUGUCUUGUUUUGGGAAAUGGCCAGAGGGAUU